AGAACCCCCGACGCAUGCGCAGUGCCCGGCCCGCCGCCGCCGGGGCAGACUGGCGGAAGCCGCCCACCCCCGCGCCCUGCCGCGCACGCGCGCUGCGCCAAAAGCCGGAACCGGAAGCGGUGGUGGCAUCAUCGGCGGCGCGCCCGGCAUGAGCGCGGCCGAACGGGGCCCGGGCCCGGGGUCGGGGGGUGGGCCCGGUCCUGGGCGAGGCCCCGUAGGGGAACCGGGUGGUCGGAAGGCUCGGGGGAGACCACGGCUAACGGAAUCGGAUCGGGCGAGGCGGCGGUUGGAGUCGCGGAAGAAGUACGACGUGCGACGGGUUUACCUGGGCGAGGCCCACGGGCCCUGGGUCGAUCUGCGGCGCCGCAGCGGAUGGAGCGAUGCCAAGCUGGCGGCCUACCUGCUGGGCUUGGAGCGGGGGCAGCGCGCCGGGCGGCGCGGGAAGCCAUGGGAGCAGAUUCCUAAAAAACCCAAACGGAAGAAAAGGCGACGGCGCAAUGUCAACUGCCUGCGACACGCGGUGAUCUGGUACGAGGACCACCGGCAGCGCUGCCCCUACGAGCCACGCCUGGCUGAGCUGGACCCCUCGGUGGGGCUCUACACCACGGCUGUCUGGCAGUGUGAGCGCGGGCAUCGCUACUUCCAGGACCUGCACUCGCCGCUGCGGCCUCUCAGUGACUCCGACAGUGACAGUGAUGACGCAGCAGUUCCUGGCAGCUCCUCGUCAUCAGGGAGCUGCAGUUCAGGCUCAGAGGCGAUGCCGGGGGGGGGCUCGACAGCACCAGUGGCCCCCCCUGCAGGUCCAGGCCCCCCCGAGGGUGCUGCAGAGGGACGGGGGACAGCACUGGAGGCUGUGGUCUGCGUGCCGCUGCCACUGCCUCUGCGACUGGGCCCGGGAAGGGGGGCGCUGGCUGAUGGGUCACCCCCCACCCUGCUGCAGGGGUCCCCCCUCCUUAUCCUGGCCAGCUCUGGCUACGAUGCACUGGGGGGGCUGCAGCUGGAUGUGGGUGGGGAUGAGGUACCCUGCACUGUGCUGGAUGGGGAAGGUGCCUUCCCCCAACCCCCCCUGGACCCCCACCUUCCUAAGACAGAGGAGGACGAGGUGCUGGGGCUGAAACAGGAGGAUGUGCCACUCCCUGCUGCUGAGCACCCCCCCCAGCCUCCUCCAGAGCCCCCCCGGGAGCCCCCUCCACCCCCCUUGGCUGAGGAUGCCGAUGGUGGUGACGUGUCAGCCAUCAUCUACGAGAUCCCCAAAGAGCCUGAGAGGCGGCGGCGGAGCAGGCGAGCCCGUGUCCCCCCCAGGGACCCUGAGGAGCUCCCGGAGCCGAUCACCUGCCCUUAUGCAGGCUGUGGGCAGGUCUACGUCGCUCUCAGCAGCUUUCAGAACCAUGUGAACCUGGUGCACCGCAAGGGCCGGACCCAGCAGUGCCCCCAGGCCAGCUGCGGGAAGAGGUUUUACCUUGCCAACCAUCUGCGCCGGCACAUGGUCAUCCACUCUGGCGUGCGGGAGUUCACUUGUGAGACCUGUGGGAAAUCCUUCAAGCGUAAGAAUCACCUCGAGGUGCACAGGCGGACGCACACUGGGGAGACCCCCCUGCAGUGCGAGGUCUGUGGGUACCGCUGCCGCCAACGCGCCUCCCUGACGUGGCACAUGCGGCGUCAUGGAGGGCCUGGGCUGCGUCCCUUCCCUUGUGAGCGCUGUGGGCGACGCUUCGAGCGCCCCGAGGGCCUCAAGUUCCACGCGCUCAAGAGCCACCCUGAGCCCCGCGGCACCUAGGGGGGGGGGCACCGGGGGGGUUGCGCCUCCCCCUACCCACUCCUACGCCCCCCAGGGUCACCCUGACUUCCCUAGGACUGCUUUGUGGAGGUGAGGAUGGACCCCCAGGGGUCCAAACCCCCACCAAGGGGCACCUUCAGCUCCAUGCACUUGGUGGAGCCCCUCAUCAACCCCAGGCUCCCCAAGCUGCCUUCCCCAACACGGGGGGACCCUGACACCCCCCAGGAUCCCCCACACCCCCAUUGCCCCGGGUACCUCCCCACUCACUAUUUAUUUCCUGAUUCUCAGUUGUCAUUCUGCUCCCCCCUCUCGGGGCAACUGGAUCUUGCCGGGGUGUGUGUGUGUGCACAGCGGGGACCCUAGUUUUGUCUUGGAAGGGGGAGACCCCCCCCCCUCCAGGGCCCUCCCCCACCCCCCAGUUUCCAUUAAAGUGACGGAUUUUA